CCUUUCUCUAAAACCACGUGACUUCGGGGAAAAGGAGCGCCUUCAUAGACUGAGCCGCAGAACUGAAGAGGAGAAGACAGUCAGUCCGCAGGCACCGCGGAGGAAACACAACCGAGCAUUUUUAAAGAAGCAGCGAUGGCAGCUGGGAGAAUGCGCUCCACUCGCAGACUGCGCUCCUGGAUCGUCGAGCAGGUCAGCAGUGGGAAAUAUCCGGGGCUGGUGUGGGAUGACGAGGCCAAAACCAUGUUCCGCAUCCCCUGGAAGCACGCGGGGAAACAGGACUUCCGCAAAGACGAAGACGCCGCGAUCUUCAAGGCGUGGGCAGAGUUCAAGGGGAAGCUGACAGACGGGGGCCAGGACAACCCGGCCGCUUGGAAGACCCGUCUGCGCUGCGCCCUCAACAAGAGUCCUGAGUUUAAGGAGGUGAUGGACCGAGCCCAGCUGGACAUCUCAGAACCGUACAAGGUGUACCGCCUGGUCCCCAUCAGUGAGCAAGGUGUGGUGGUGCCUGAAAAGAAGAGCAGAGAAAAAGCCUCCAGGAGGUCGAAAAGGAGGAGAAGCGAUUCAGACAGCGACGCCGCCAGUGAUGACAAACAGAUAAAGAGGGAAGAAGCCACGUCUCAGCUGUAUGUCGAGGAAAGCCCGGUCCAGACGGAGGAGCCCACUCAGUGCCCCACCUUCAUUCAGACGGACUCGGUCGAUGAGAUCAGGUUGGACGUGCGGAUUGAGGAGAGUGUGACCGCUCCCGUAGGAGCCCAGGACUCCUUCAGUGUGGCAGUUUACUAUUUAGGACAGCAGGUGCUCAAACGUCAGAUUCAGGGCACCGAUGUGCGGAUAAUGUACCUGCCCUCCUCGCCUAUUCCCCCCACGCCACUCGUCCUGAAAGCCAGGUUCCCACGCAUCCCGCUACCCGAGCCGCCCUCCACGUUGCCGGCCGGUCCGGAGCUGCAGGCCCUCUUCACCCUGCUCCCCUUCAUGGAGAAAGGGGUGGUGCUGACCUCCACUCCGCAGGGAGUUUACGGCAAGAGGUUCUGCCAGGGGCGGGUCUUCUGGACGGGGCCGCACACGACCAUGCCGGACCUGCACAAGAUGGAGAGGAACACAGAGCCGGUGCUCCUUUUCAAUAAAGAAAUCUUCAAGCAACAGUUGGACUACUUCCGUACAAAUGGCGGCGAGCCUCCCCAGUGUGGCUUCACCCUGUGUUUUGGAGAAGAGCUGAGUGACUCAGAGGACCCUUUCCAAAAGCUGAUCAUUGUUCAGAUUACUUUACGAUGGGAACAACGGCAGGUCCAGAACGCUCAGUCCGUCUGAUUUCAGUAAAUGGUAAAAACUGCCUUUACUGCUCUUUCCUCUGCAGAUCACUCUACCGUGGGAAGAACAGCAGGUACAGAACGCUCAGUCCAUCUUUGAAUCCAUCACCAUCCUCCAGUCUCUGGCCAGCCAGUCCCCGCUGGGAGAAAUAACCCUGAACCUCGUCACGGUGCCUUCGCCAACCAACUAGAGCAUCGGCUGCGGGACUUUCUAAGCACUUUGAUGGGUGGCAUUUGAAAAAUAAGACACAUUUCCCCCUUAUUAUAAAUCCGACAGCUAGAAGGAUUUUUUUCUUUUAUUAUUCUAAUUAAGACAGAUUAUAAUAAGAUAACAAAACAGGAACCUGCAGUUAUUUUCUGUGGUAAUUGUUUUGUUUUUUUCAUAUUGCCCAAACACGUUGCACAGAAACGGAUGCAUAGCAUUUAAGAGAAAUAGGAAAUCAAAUGGUGAACUAAUAUAAAGGGGACCUAUUCUGCUUUUCCUUAUUUUUUGCCACAGUGGUCAAACCCAUAUGAAAAAAGUUUGACAAACUCAGUUUCAAACAAGAGUAGAUUUACCCAAUACUGUCAUAUUACACACAUAGUUUUGACCGUUAGCACAGAAACAGCCCUCACUGCAAACAGGAACCUGCAGCUCCUGUUUCCAGUGAGGGCUGUUUAAGAGGGGCAGCCAAUCAGAAAAAAAGCUGGCUUGAAGAGGGAGGAGCAUUUGGAUAAGAGGGUGGAGUGACUAAAACCGUAGCACAGACUUGUGCCUCACAACAGGCUGUAUUCUUUAUCAGACAAUAGCAUCAACAAUGCUAAAAAUGCUAAGAGAACAAAAGAUCGCGUUUACAGGAGAAACUUUCCAUUCAGACUAAAGUACUUUUUGUCUCAGGCUGUUUUUAUGCUUUCAGGUGGCGUAAAGCUGAGAAUUUUAACACGGGGAUUGACUCCCUUUUGUAACCAGCAGCCUCAAGUGGCCAUUAAAGGAACUGCACCUUUUGACGCUGCUGCAAGACGUCCUGUAAAACAAAUAGGACUUAUUUUGAACUGUGAAUCAUGCAAAGCUCCCGGAGUAAAAACAGAGUUGGAAAUAAGCAUUAAUAGGUCCCCUUUAAUAUCAGUUUUGGGGUGCACCUUCUUUUUCAUUUUAGAUAUUAGUUAGUGUACUGGUAACACUACAUGUAAGCCAACACUUGGAAGCUUUUUAUAUUCAUCGUGCAUCUCAGAAUGUGAUGUAAGCAGCAUGCCGAUCAGAGCUGAGCAAUCAUCUUCCUGUAAAUUCCUCUCAUUAACUAUUGGGUCAUUUUAGAUAUUAUAAGUCUAUUGUUUUUGUUAGGGAUUGGGGGUGGAGCCAUUUAGUACUGUAGACGCUGCUUAAGUUGUGUUGAUGAAAAUUGUUUAUACCACAGGACUAGAUAGAUGUUUCACUGUACAAUCAAAGGGGAAAAAAGCAUCAUAAUAGCCUGCAGUAGUUCAGUAGACUAUUUCGUAAAGCACCUUUAUCUUUACUAUAUUGCCGUCAAGUCUUUUCAGAUCCAGUGCAGAUGUGUCCUUUAUACCAUUAGGGUUUUGUAGUUAAAAACAUUUUUUACAAAUGUGUCUUAAAUGGUCAUCUUUUAAUAGACAAAAACUGAAACUGGAGAUGAGAAAGGAGGAGCGUGUCACCCUGGAGCAGGUCAGUCAGGAAUAUCACAUUCAGCGCAUUUAUUUUUUUAACCAUUUACAGUGAGAAACUUUCCCGAUUUACAGGACUGCGCGCUGUUAGACAGCUGCACCGUUGUAUUCAUUUUAAAUGCCUGUUAACAGUUAAACUUUCAGCUUUUCUUUGGGGGUUUGUGAAGGACGAACAAAACACACAUUUCAAUACAAAAGUUCUGCAGUGAACACAGAGAGGAGAAGCUCUGAAUAUUUGGCUUAUUGAGAGUGUAAGGCAGCCUCAGUUUGACUCAUUGUAAGGCAGGUUUCCCAAACUUGCAACACAUUGUUCCUCUUUCCUGAAGUUAACAUGAUUUAGAAGAAAUUUGCUCUAGACACAUGUGUUAUUUUUGUAGCACCUGCUGCAGAAGCUUGGCAGGUAUUUGCUGAACAGCAAAUAACAAGAACAGCUGCAAAAACACACUUUAAUUGAGGAUUUAAGGUAACAACACAGAAUAAAGACACUAAACAGUAUAAACUUUGACAGGGAGUUUAUUUGAAUGGUCAACUGUUAUAUUUGUAAUGUCACAACUCUAUUUAACCAGUUCUUUACAGUGUAAGUGCCCGCACGAGGCAUUGAAGUCAUAACAAACACAUCUGCACGGUGUUAAAGGGUGGAUGUACCCCCCUCCCCCAUUUUAUUUUUAAUAUAUUACUUUAAGUCUUCCCAAAGUCAAAACCACAAACUUGAGAGUUCCUUUUAAAUCAAACCUAAUGAAAAACAAAUAUUUUGAGCUUCAUCUAGCUUGGUAUUUACUGCAGGAUUUUAGUAUUGUAAGGCAUUUUUGUCCUUUUGUCCAUCCUGUUUCAUGUAUAGUUUGCUGGAAUCAUACUAAUGCAUAAACUAAGGGAAAGAGGGGGAACAUAUCUAUAUGUUGUAGUAGUGUUAGAGGAGGACUUCAAGGUGGAAGUGUCCUUUAAAUGAGCAGGGCAUUGGGAUGGACCACAAGGCACACUCUGGGGUGGGCGGGAAACUAGUGAGAUGUAAAUAUUGUUAUUUAUGCAUAUAUGUUCUUGUUCACUCGGAAAAAAAUAAACGUCUCCUUAAACUCUG